UUUCUUCAAGGUCUCAAUCUUCUCUUCAUAGCUUGCUUUUAAGCAGUCAUUGUAAUAUUUAUUUAUUUAUUUGUUUUCUUGUAGUAUAUUUCAUGGAAGCUUUAUUGGGUUAAUUUCUUCCAUCUUUGCAGGGAAAUCCAUGAUGGCAAGACCACAGGAGCAGAGACGGCUAUGGACCUCAGAAGAAGACAAUAAGCUCACACAAUUUAAGCUCAAAUACCCCGAUCGAUCUUGGCCAGAUACCGCACAGCUGGCAGGGCUGGACAGGACUGAUAAGAGUUGUUGGGAGAGGUGGAAUAACCAUCUGAAGUCUGGUGUCAACAAAGAGAACUUCUCCGAAGAGGAAGAUGACAUCAUCAUCCGCAUUCAGCGAAUGCCGGAGCAUAGGAAUAAGUGGGCAUUUAUGGCAAAAGAUUAUCUUCGAGGGCGAACCGCUAAUGCUAUCAAGAACCGUUGGAACAACCAUUUGGAGAAGAUGCUUAUGGGUGACCUUGAGCGAUACCUUCUCACGGAUGAUGAGACUAGUGAUCACUCUGCCCGGGAAGAUGACGUUACGUCUGUGGUGGACAAGUAUGCUUCUUUGAUUUAGUGAACGUACCAGUUGAAGAAAUCGCCAAAUUAUGGAUAAUGAGUCUAGUCCAAAGUAUAUAUAUUACGUGUCUUUGAGUGUCAUAUAUAUAUAUAUAUAUAUGUAUGUAUGUUU